UCUCGGUGUUACGGUGACGUGUAAUAGCUGGUACUUUCCACUUCCUGGUUCAAGGGUCAAGGCGUGGAUUCCUGUUGGGGGUAACAGAAGCUGUAGAUUUUUGUCAAAAUGUCGAAAGUGACGUUUAAAAUAACGCUGACUUCGGACCCCCGGCUGCCUUAUAAAGUCUUGAGCGUCCCGGAGAGCACACCCUUCACUGCGGUGUUAAAGUUUGCGGCGGAGGAGUUUAAGGUGCCUCCAGCGACUAGUGCCAUCAUCACAAAUGAUGGCAUCGGGAUCAACCCGGCUCAAACAGCAGGAAACGUGUUUCUGAAGCAUGGUUCCGAACUCCGGAUCAUUCCCAGGGAUCGAGUGGGUGCCUGGUGAUUGGCUGUACCAUGACCAAUCAGGAAACAGAGGAGAUGGGGCGGGGGAUAGGUGGGGUAUGGAGGGGUGGGACAGGUGGGCGUGGCUCAUAUCAGCUUUUAUGAAUGAGUCUGUUUAUUUAUUGGCUUUCAUCGACCCUGGAAACGUGCACAUGGGAUGUAGACAGCAUCAGUGACAUCAUUGUUCCCUUUACCUGCUGUCCUGGGCGAUUCCCGUGCUUCACAGAGUGAAUUCUCAGAGACAGAAGGAUCUGGAACAACGCUUACUGGACCUCAGUCCUCAGCGGUAAACUAGUACCCCCAUGCCCUCCAACCUGUCCGAGAUGAAGAGACACUCGUAACUGUGCUACGUCAGCCUACCAUCCCCCAGGAUUGGAGUUGGACCCUUGUACUGUUUGUCUUCAUCUAAGUGGACGUUGAAAGAGAUUUCAAUUAUACUUAAUUGGUUAUUUUUUGCUUCCCUUUUGUCUUUCUCUUUUAUUCACUGAAGUGUAACUCUCUGCGCCAUGUCUGUCUGUAAACAGCUGUUUGAAGCCAAAAGGCAUUAAACGUUAACAUGAGCCUGACAGGUGAAA